AUAUUGGGGAGCCUUUGAGAGGAACGAGCUGGGGACUUCUGCGACAGGUCGGGUCUUGGUCGUUGAACUGAAGGAACGAGGGACACCUUUACGGGGGAAUACAUCAAAAUGCCUUCUAAUAAAGACGAUGGCGGGUGGAAGAAGUUUGUGUGGAAUUCGGAAAAAGGAGAGCUUCUCGGUCGUACCGGAGGCAGCUGGUUUAAAAUUCUGUUGUUCUAUGUGAUUUUCUAUGGAUGUCUGGCUGGGAUCUUCAUUGGAACCAUCCAAGCCAUGCUGCUUACCCUGAGUGACUACAAGCCCACCUGGCAGGACAGAGUCGCACCCCCUGGCCUUACACACACCCCACGAUCAGAUAAAGCUGAAGUGUCCUUUAGCAUCAACGAUGUGGAGACCUACCUGCCUUACACCAAGGCCUUGAAGGACUUCCUGGCCAAGUAUGACGAAGAACACCAGAGGGACCAGAUGAAGUUCGAAGACUGUGGAGAGGAUCCUGCUGAGUACAAGAACCGAGGUGACUUGGAGAGCGACGUGGGCGUCAGGAAGGCCUGUCGUUUCUCCAGGUCCUUGCUGGGACCCUGCUCAGGCCUUGAGGAUCAAGACUUUGGUUUCAAGGAAGGCAAGCCCUGUCUAAUUGUAAAGCUCAACAGGAUUGUCAACUUCCGCCCAAGGCCUCCUUCCUCUAAUGAAAGUAUCCCUGAGGAUGCUCAACCCAAGGUGCAGCCCAAUGUCAUCCCUCUCUUUUGCACCAACAAGAAAGAGGAGGAUGCUGGUAAAAUCGGAGAGAUUAAGUACUAUGGCAUUGGCGGUGGCUUCCCCCUGCAGUAUUACCCAUAUUACGGUAAACUGCUGCACCCUCAGUACCUGCAGCCGCUGGUGGCACUGCACUUCACCAACCUGACCCAGAACGCUGAAUUGCGCAUAGAGUGUAAAGUGUUCGGAGAAAACAUCGACUACAGUGACAAGGACCGCUACCAGGGACGCUUUGACAUCAAGAUCCAGAUUAACAAUUUAUGACCGUCAUAAGAACCAUAGCACUUUCCCUGACCGCCCCUCCCCCCCCGCGUCCCCUUUAUCCUUAACAAAAUACCAAGGAGAUGAUAAGAGAAGGGGUCAGGUUGUAGCGGUUAAGUCAAUCACAACUAGUCUUGAGUGAAUAAAUGAAAGGUAAAAAAAAAAAAAAAUAAACUGAUAGGGGACCGAUGUGUAAUCUGUCUGCUUUCAUCAUUAGCUUCUACACUUCUGUCUAGGGAUAGAAUGUAAUUUAGAGGAAAGUAGCAAUAGGCCUAAUAAAAAUAUUUAUUCUGCUGUAAAUGAGACUUUUCCACAAGCCAUGGGACAUUUCAUUGAUGACUGUAAAGUUAAAUUGCCAUCUCUGAUGUCGUAGCGAGCUGUUUUUGUCCCCUCUGCAUAUCGCUGCCUUGUGUGGUUUCAGUAGAUAUUUUUGGAGUGUGCAGUUAGUUGCAGAAUCUAGUCCUUCCAAAACCACACUGUUCCUCAUUUUCUUCUGGCGAGCGAGCUUUAGUAGUUCUAUCCAUGUGUUUGUCAGACCUGAACACUUACUCCCACUCACUUAUUAACUGAAAUCAUUUGACAUCUACACUCUUCUGAUCUGUGUAAGUUAAAGGCUGCACUCCAGGGAACUUCUUUCCUCUUCCUAUUUGUCUUUUACAUUUGAUCACAGGAGUCUCUCUUUACUUUGUCAUUUCUCUUUUUGUGCUUUUUUUUUUGUUUUAUUACUUGGUUUCAUGCCUUUUACUGUUGAUUUUUGCCUUGAAUGUAGUAGAGUUGUGUGUCCAUCCCAUUAAACACCGGCCUGUUGUUUGUGCAACGGUGCUAACUGGAAUUUUUAAAAAGGAAGGGUUUUUUUUUUUUUGUUGGUUUUAUUUUUUUUUUUUCUUUUUGCUGGAUUCAUCACAGCAUUGUGGUGUAACUCUGAAUGUUUUAGCCAUUAAACAUGGUGAAAGAAUUUUAUAUUUAUGCAGUUGUACAUUUUGUUUCUUUCAGAAUAUUGUAAUGUAUAAAUGCAAUACCAAAGCAAAGUGACGAGUUGAAAGAGAGUCUUUAUCAGAAACAAUGCAGUACUCAUUUUUAGGAUCUCAUCAUGUUAAGUGCUAAAAUUAAUGUCUCCCAACUGUAAACUCCUGAUUAGGUGUAGAAUGAACAGGCAAGAUGCAUUUUAAUUCCACAAUGACCUGUUGUUCUUGCAUUUGAAGAAAAAAAAAACAAAACAAAUGAGUUCUUAUAGACCACAGUGUCUUUAGAUAACUCAUGAUGUUGGCUUUAAUAUUCUGUAGGAUCUCAUGUUGAUGUAGAACACUCGACUUGAACUUAAACAUCAGUCAACUUUCCAUUAGUUCAUCCAACUUUGUCAUUUAAUCAAAGAUGGAAACAAAUAAAACCAUAAUGGACCUUU